CCUGCAGUCACUGAGCCGCCAGGGUGAGAAACGCAGCCUCCAGCUCUCUGUCAAGGUCAACUCCAUGACCUUUACCUCUGACAAAGUGCUCCCUGGGAAAUACAAAGAUUUCCAAGCAACAGGAUGUAAAACAAAUCCAGAAAAUGACCGGUCAGAAUGAUUCUCUCCCUUACUGAUCAGCUCAAGGCUGGUGACUGAUCAGCCGUGGGCCAUGCUUUCAAACUCUAGUCUUGAACAGCGGGUGGAAGAAAGUGGAAAAAGAGGGUGUUCCUGGAGAGUACCCCCAUCUUUCUGACAUCUUCACUUCCAAAGUCAUGCAGACAGCUCCAUAAUUCCUACAUUGUUUGCUUUCCUUGUGCUUCUCUGUCCCAUAUAUUUUCAUGGAAAGCCCAAAAUAUGGGAAAGGAGAAUGGGCAAAAAUUAACUACCAAGAGUUUGGUGAGGGAGGUCCAUCUCCUUUAUUCCGCUACCACGGAUGUGGAUGUGGGGUAGACAUCUUUAAAGGAAAAGAUGUAUUGGGAACCUCUGUGUCCCUCACUACAGCAUUCCGGGGUCACUUCUAGUACAUGAUGAAGACAGUAUAGUUUGCUUGCAAAACAAAACUUGAUACCUGGGCCGUACCACUCAUCAGUUUCACGAUGUGACUUCAUCUUUGCUCCCCUAAUUGUUAGAUGAUGUCAGUAGUCACUAUGCUCAUGGUCUCUUUACUCCUGUUACAGUUUCACAGCUCAAAAAAGCUGGAAUGAUGAAUAUCAUUGAAGCUGAUCUAACAUGUAUUUCAGGACUUUCUAUGGGCUGGAGCGAGGAAUGUGUAUUCUCGUCAAUAGACAGGAGUCUUCAACAGAUCCUCCAACAUCUGGAAAAUGCAAGGUCAACACUUUUAAGUCUACAAGACUCGCAAGAUUUAUCUUCCUCCUCCGUCUCUGACAUUGUGGGUCGGGAGGCUAUCCCACCUUCUUGCUACUGUACGGCGGGAAACCGUUCUUAUGACUCCAGCGUGUCCUCUGUAUCAUCCAGUGACAGCUCGAACCCAUCUUAUCUUCCAGUCUUUCCUGGAGGAGCAACGUGGCAAUUGCACAGCCAUAGCUUACCUGCUUUCUCCCGAAAGGAACCGCCCGCUCCCAGGAGCCAGGGCUCAUCCCUGCCUAUUUUUCAGCAGGCAGAUCUUAAGAAAGCAGAUCUUUUUCAAAAUCUGGCAGCUCCUCCUCCCUUAAAAACUCAACGCUUUUUUAUUAAUUCAGUUUUAGAAAACCUAGAUUCUUGCAAACAAGAGAAUACAAGAAAUAAGAGAAAGAAUCAUUUGGCCCAAUCAGAUCUUGGGCCAAAUUCGGUUUUGAAUGAGAGCCCAGGCCCACCCCUAGUACGGGCUCCACUCCAGCUCUCUCCUUUAGUCAGAGGAGAACUGGAAGGACACAUGUCUCAUAAGGUUUCUACUUUGCGGGCACAAGUGGUGCCUCUGCCUGUGAAGAAAUCCUGGGAAAUACUGAAUCAUUUGCUGGAUGUACAAGGAGUCCCUGAACAAGGGCUCCCCAAAACUCAGUUACCUACACUCCUCCCUCAGAGGGCUGAGCAAAAUACCAGCCGAUCUCCAGAUGCUCCAUCGUUUCAUGUCCAUGUAAACAUUGGGGUGAAUUCUAAAUUAAGCAGGACGGAAGUGUCACAGCCGCUGACCUCAAACAAGCAGUUACAGUCUGCUAAUGACAGCCAGGUUCUUAGCUACAACCCUGUAGUUAUAUCAGUGGGCACUCCAGCUCCCAUUAACAUAGUUCGGGAAGAAAACGGUUUACUGAAAAAAGAUCCAAGGCAUGUGUUAGAGCUGAAUAUAGACCAGAGGGUCCUAGGUCUUCCAGAAAAAAGGAUACAGCCACAAAGGGCACAAGUAACUGACGUGGAACUGACAGCCCAGGUACCACGCUCAGCCACGGACAGCAUAAAGGUUACUCCAGUGGCAUUGCUUCAGGUUAUGGGCUUGAUGGGAAUGAUCCCAGAAUCACACGCGCAGGUGAUAGACAGCGUGGGGUUUCCCCCGCAGCCACCAAAUCAAGCAGAAACAGUGAAUCUAACUCCUCGGCCAUCAGAUCAAGUAAUUGAACAAAAAACAGUAACAAGUCUUCAGCAUUCAGCUACAGAAUCAAAGAGUAUGGCCUCAAGACUGAGUCCAGUCACAGAUAAUAUGAAGGUAACUCCUGAGAAAUUGCUUCGCAUCAUGGAUUCCAUGGGGCUGAUUAAUGAAUUAUACCCACAUGUCAUAGAACCAGCAAAAAUAGCCCCAAAGCCACAAUACCAAGUCAUGGAGUCGGCAAAGGUGGAUACAUUGCAUGGCCACCAAGCCAUACGACCAGAAGAUAAGAGUCUAGGGCUACAGCAAUCAGUUCUGGGAACUGUGGAAGUGAUCCCCCAGCCUCAGCAUAAAGUCAUGGGAACACCGAACACGACCUUGGGGCCACAGAAUAAAGCCACAGAACACAUUGGGAUUGCUCCCGGUCCAAUACAUGAAAAUAUAUUGGAAAUUAGCUCAAGUGCACUUCCUAAAGCCAUUGAUUAUACAAAAGCAACCCCAGUGGCACAACAAACCAUGGAUUUCAUGCAGAAAAUUCCACCAGGACAGCCACACAUUACAGAACCUCGGGCUUUGAUCCAAACUGAAAAUUUGACCCCACUGCCAGCUCAGCCAGACGUUCUGACUUCUGCUGUCCCAAGAGGAGCAGCAGAAUCUCGAGGCAUACCUCCACAGCUACCGUCUACAGCCCUAGCGUCAUCAGGAGUGAUUCUGCUACCAUCAGGUCAGUCCCCGCAUGCUCUAAAGGUGACCCCGAUAGUACAGGCGCCACCUGGGGUGGGAAUGAUCCCACCACUCCAAGUUGUAGAGCCUCCUGGUUUGACUCCACAGCCAGAGUUACAGAACGUAAAAUCUGAGCCCUUAAUCCCAGAUCCAAGAUUGCGAAAUAUGAAAUCUGUGGACAUAGCCAUGGAUUUAGUCCCAGAAAAGGUAAAAUAUGGACCACCGACCUCAAGAGCAGUAUCUACAGAUUUGACCCUAGAAUUGCAUCAGCUGACUAUGCAGUUUGAGGAAUUAACCCACAUGCCACAAUUGCAAAGUGAGGAAUCUGUGCCAUCGGCCCCUGAAUCUCAACUUCAAGAUGUGAAAUCUGGCCAAGUGAUAGUUGAAGCACAACUCCAAAACAUACAGGCUGCUGGGCUGGCCCCAGGUCCACAGGGGCAAAGUGAUACAUCAGUACAAUUGACCCCUGGUUCACAGACUCAAGGUAUGCAAGGGGUUGUUCAUUCAGCCCUAUCGCAGGAGUUACAAGGAGAUUCAAAAAUGGUGGAGUUGGCUCCAAGACCAUCACUUGAAGACAAGAAAUCUGCGAACUUGACCCGAAAACCAUAUUCACAAAGCACCAGCUUUGAGAAGACAGCCCAUGUGCCAUUGCUCGAAGAUAGAAAGACUCUGUUGGUAGAAGGUAGGAGUUUAAUUCCCGAGGCACUGGUGGAAAGUGUGAAUCUUAGUGAAUUGGUCCCAAGCACACACCUUUGUGCGGUAAAACCCUUAGAAGUGAACCCCGACCCAAGUUAUCAUUUCCUGGAACCUGCAGAAUUGGCCCUGCGGCGUCAAGCCCCAGAAGAAAGAGUGGGCUCUGACAUUUGUCAUCAGGUGGAAGAAUCUGUUGAGCUGACACAAUCAUCAUUAGGAAUGAGGCUGAUACCACUGCGCCAAACCUCAGACUCUAUGGAGAUGUACUCACCACCACUCCAAGAAACUCUUGAAACUAGGAACCAGGUUGUAAAAGAGAUGCAAGAGACUCCAGAAUCACAAAAUGCAAUUAAAGAUGCUCCGGAUUUGCUACCAGACUCAGAAGUGCAGAAUAUGAACUCAGCGGUGAUGGCCCCAGAAUCACAGCCCUCAGAUGGGAAGUUUCUUCAUGGGACUCUAGAAACUUGUUCAGAAGUUACUAACUUAUCAGAAAUAACUCUAAAACCAGAGUAUGAAGACAGAGAGACUAUCAGAUUAACAUUUCCUAAAGUUGAUAUUACUCGGGGGGCCAUGAUAGAACCAUAUUCAGAAAUGGGAUCUCUGGAGUUGGGUCUAGAACCAGGAGUGCAAGGUGAGAAAUCGGAGUCCUUGGCUCAACACUUGCAGUCUGUGGAAGUAAUUGGUGAACCACCUGUACUAGCUGUAGAGCCCAUCGCACUAACUACAGGACCCAAACCACACAUUAAAGAUGUGAUCCCAGGGCCCCAGCUCGAAGUCAAACUUAGGCAAAUGGAUACAGAAUCACAGUUGCAAAAUGAGGAAUCUGUAAAUGUAACACGACAGUUGUCUCUAGGAGAGGUAGGUCCUGAAAAGACAAAGCCAGAGUCAGGGCCACAGAGUCCAUCCCCGAAGGAACUGAUUGAGGAGACACAGCCCCUGAAAGUGAAAUCUGUGCAUUUAAAUCUAGGUCCACAGCAGCUAAGUAUCAAAUCUGGGUUGAUUCCAGGGCCACAACUGCAAAGUGUCAGAUUUCCAACGUUCUACCAAGGGGGAAAACGAGGAAAUUUCAUCUCAGGCCCCCCACGUUAUGGUGUGAAAUCUGAUGAGGCACUCUCACGUUCCCCAGUACCAGAAAUCAGAUCAUCAGAUUAUAUCCCGGGGCCAAAUCUUCCAGAAGCAAAACUGCAACAUGUGAAGCCUGUGGAAGUAAAUGUAGGACCAUGCUUGCAAGCUGUGAAAUUCUCUGAUCUGACCCCUAAGCCCAAGCACCAAGGUUUCAGAUGUACACAGGUCAUACCAGGUAUUCACUCUCAAGAUAGGAAGUCUCAGGGACUUUUGCCAGAAUCAUUUUUGCCAUUAAGCCAAGAGCCACAGGUUGAAGAUAGGAAGCUUGUUCUACCUGUGGAAGUAUCAGAGUUUCAUAGCAGGAAACACACAAUACCAGCCUCUGAACUACAAUAUCCAAGCGUGAUAUCUGAGGAGGUAAUCCCGGAACUGCGGCAACAAGAUACCAAAUUUUCUGAGUUAGCUUCUAGGCUAAGACUUCAAGGGGUCAAAUUUGGGGAGCAAACUCCAGGACCAUUGUUUGACGGUAUGCAUUCUAUGAUUCCAAAGUUGGGGAUACAUAAUCCAAAGCUAGCGAAGAUGACCCCAGAGCUGAACGAUACAAAGCAGGUGAGUUUUAACUCGGGGCCGAGACUGCAAAAUGUCAAACUUUUUGAUGGAACAUCAGGAACUCAAUCUGAAGGUGUGACGACUUCAGAGUUACACUCGGGGCCACAGUUGGAGUGUGUAAAAAUGUUUGAGUUUACCACACAGCCAGAGAGGCAAGGGAUGAAGCCAGAGUUAAUAAUACAGGAGACGCUGUUUGAAGACAGGGCAUAUGUCACAAGGAAUCAAGCACCAAGCUUUGAAGAUGAGAUGUCUUAUAAACUACCAUCUGAGCCACAAAUACCAACGGCAGAAUCAGUGAGAUUGACUCCCAGGAUACAGCUAGCAAGUGUAGAUCAUUCUGAGUUGGUUGGAAGACCAGAGGCACAAGGUAUAGAAUCUUCUGAAUCGAUCCCUGGGCAGCAUUUGGGACAUAUAAAACCUGUGGAGAAGGUCACAGCGUCAAAGCAGGAAGAGUUAACGCCAGGGCCACAUUUGGGAUAUGUGAAAUCUAUGGAGUUAAGGUCAAAGUCAGAGCGGGGAAAAGUCAAAGCUAUACUGUUAACCCCAGGGAAACAAGCAGGAGAUAAAGUACCUGAGGAGCUGCCCCGGGGCCCCAACUUGAAAGGUUUAAAAUCUGAGUUACUACCUUCAAGACCACAGUUAGAGAAUAGGAAAUCUGCAGUCUUAACUGUAGGACAAUGUCCAGAGAGGAUAAAAUCUACAGUGGUAUCCCCAUGUAGUUCCCAGUCAGAUGGUACAAAAACUGUGAAGUUGAUUCCAGGUUCAACAAUUCAAGACUUGAAGACUGUGGGGCUGGCCCGUGAUACACAUGUUCAAGAUGCAAAUGCCAUGGGUUUGAAACUUGAACCAAAGCAAGAAGAGAGUCCUGUGACUUUUGUACCAGGGAUGCAGUUUCAAGAUGAGUUUAUGGAGGUGUUGCAGGUGCCUCAACUACAAGGUAUAAAACCUAAGGAACUGACUGCACAGUCACAAAUGCGGGGUAGGAAACAUGUGAUUAUCUCAUGUUUGAAGCCACAAAGUCUAAAACCUGUGAAUAUAGCCAAAACACAAGGAAUCCCAGGAGUAAAACUUGUGAAUUUAGUCUCAACACAACCGUGUCGAGGGAUGGCGCCUACAGAUUUAACUCUCAAGCCUGGACAGGAUGACCAGAUAACUGUAAGAUCACCCGAGUGGAAAGGUAGGGUUUUAGACCAGCUGAGCAAACAUUUUGAGUCAGAAAAUGUGUUGUCCAUGAAGUCAGGUCAAGAAGCCAAACCUGCAGAUAAAAAACCCAAAGAGAUCAAAUUUAAAGUACAAUUUAAAGAUACACCAUCAUUUGAAUCGACUCCUAAACCAGUUGUUCACAGUGUAAAACCUGAAGAGGCCCAAGAUGAACCCCAGGUGCCAAGUAUGAAACCAUGCCAGGUGACUCCAGGGCCACAGGAGCACCAGGUGAAAGUCUCAGAGCCAAUGUUAGAGCCACCAUUUCAAGAUGUGAAAACUAUGGUGUUCACAGAGCCACACACGGGAAGUACAAAAUCCGUCCGAUGGAUACCAAUAUCUGAAUUUCAAAAUGAGAAAUGGGUAGGGUCAGACUUGAGGUUGCAAUUUCAAAGUUCCACACCUACAGAAUUGAAGCCGUCUACAAAAUGGAGGGGUGUGAGGCCCUCUGAAUUGACUGUCAGGUCUAAAAUAAUUCAAGAAGAAAAAUCUGUAGGGUUGCAUCUUGAGCCACAGUCACAGCAAGUAAAAACCUCUCCAUUAGCACUAGGGCUUCAGAAAACAAAAACUUUGAACUUAACAUCAGAGCCACAACCUCAAGGAAUCAAAACUGUGGAUCAAAACAAAGAUCCACCGGUUGGAAGUCUAAGAUCCGUUCAGUGGAUACCAGGACCUGAGUUCCACGGCGUGAAGUGUUUAGGGAAAAAUUAUGGGUCACAAUCCCAGAAACCAUCCAUACAGUUGGGAGGUCUGAAAUCAUCAGAGACGACUGUAAGGCCCAAAGUACAGCUCAUAAAAACCCCUGAGGCAUCCCCAAAACCAGAGUUACAAGAAGGGGAAUCUUUGGUAGUGGAGUCAAGGUCCCCAAAUGGGGAGUCUGUGGAGUUAAACUUGGGCCCUCAGUUACAAGAUGAGAAAUCUUCUACGUCAAUUCUGGGGAUAAAGCAGGAAGAUGCAAGAUCUACAGAGGUCAGUUCUAGCCCACGCUUGCAGGGUAUGAGGUCUUCUGAAGUAUUUUCAGAGGACAUGCUUCAAGGAGAGAAACCCAAGGGCUUUGUGGCCCAGUCACUGUGGCAGGAUGUAAAAUCUCUUAGGCGGACUUUCGGCAAGGCACUUGACAGGAAGCUUUUGCAGCUGAAAAUCCCUCAGUUCCAGGAUGGGAAAGGAUCCGUGUUAACCCCAGAAUUAGAUCUUCAAGGUAUGGAACCUGAGGCAGUCAAGCCUGGAUCGAAGUUGAAAGGCCUGCAACCCGAGCCUACAAAUGUCCAAGCAGUGAAGGAUAUGGGGAUCAAUCCUGGUGCAGAAUCGCAGGUUGUGGGAUUUGCUGAGCAGGACUCGGACUCCACAAUUUAUAGUGUGGGACCUUCUGAACUCAGUGCCAGAAACCUGAAGCAAGAUGGGAAAUUUCACAAAUUAAGUCAAAAGCAACAGCUACAAAGUAUAAAACCGGUAGUCUGCAGUCACGGGCCACAUUUGCAACAUAUCCAGUCAUCAGAAGUAUGUACAAAGCUUCCAGAUCUGACAUCUAUGGAAUUCAACUCAGAGCAACAGGUGCGAGAGAGAAAAGCUCCUGAUGUGUGCACAGAGUCCAAGCUGUCAGAUGAGUUAUUUUUGGAAUUUAAGUCUCGAUUCUGUGACUUGAGUCCAGGAUGUAAAAAUCUGACAUCCAACACAGGAACACAAAAUGUAGAAUCGCCUAAGUUGCACCCUGAUCUAGACCUUCAAGGCAUAAAAUCUAAGGAAUUCUGCCUUGGAUCACAUUUGGAAGAUGUGAAUUCUGCAUGUACUCCUGAUGCAAAUUCUCAGUAUACAAAUUCCAGUGAAUAUAAACCUGGGUCAUAUUUGCAAAAUACAAAUUUCUCUGCACACAUUCCAGAGCCAGACCCUUGGCGUAUAAAUACUAUGUGCAACCCUGGGCCACAUUUUAAUGGAAUGAAUUCUGUGUGUAUUUUAGGACCAAAAUUGCAAUGUGUAGAUUCUACUGUGUGCAAUCAUGAGCCAAAUUUGCAAGAUGUAAAUUCUUCUGCAUGCACUUCAGUGUCAAGUCCUCCAUGUGUAAAUUCUUCCAUAUGCACCCCAGGACCAAGUCCUCCGUGUGUGAAUUCUUCCAUAUGCACUCCAGGACCAAGUCCUCCAUGUGUGAAUUCUUCCGUAUGCACCCCAGGACCAAGUCCUCCGUGUGUGAAUUCUUCCGUAUGCACUCCAGGACCAAGUCCUCCGUGUGUGAAUUCUUCCGGAUGCACCCCGGAGCCAAGUCCUCCGUGUGUGAAUUCUUCCGGAUGCACCCCGGAGCCAAGUCCUCCGUGUGUGAAUUCUUCCGGAUGCACCUCGGAGCCAAGUCCUCCGUGUGUGAAUUCUUCCGGAUGCACCCCGGAGCCAAGUCCUCCAUGUAUGAAUUCCACUGAGUGCAAUUCUAAAGCACAUUGUCAAGGUGAGAAUUCUGCAUGCAUUCCAAGCCAAAACCCUCAGUGUGAACAUUCUAAUAGGAAUAAUCUUGGGCCACUUCUUCAAGGAAUGCAUUCUGAUACAACAUUUCCAGCACCACAAAUUAUGUGUGUAAAUUGUGUUUGGGGCAGUGUCCAAACACAUUUGCAAAAUGUGAAUUCUUCUGCAUGUACUCGAAGACAAGAAUCACAGUCUGCAAAUUCUAUGGGAUACAACCCUGGGCCACAUUUAGAAGCUCCUAAACUUCAAGGUAUGAAGUUUCCUGAGUUGAACCCAGGGACAGGAAUUCAAAGAGAGAUGCCUAUAACAGUUAACCCAGGACAGCACUUGCAAGAUUUAAGGCUUGAAUUAACUCCAGGGUCAAAUAUUGCAGGUAUAGCACCUGCAGAAUACAACCCUGGGCCACAGGAACAAUGUGUGAAUUUUUCUGAAUUGAAUCCAGGAUUAGAAUUACAACGCAUAAGUUUAGCGAAGCUUGGUUCAGGGCCACAGUUGCAAAACAUAAAGUCCUUUGCAUGGACCCCUGGAUCAGAAUCUCAGCAUACAAGAUCUGUUCUAUUGAGCCCUGGACCCCCUUUUCAAGGUGUGAAGCCAUCUAACUUAUCGGUAGGGGCAAAGUUUCAAGAGAUCCCAUUUUUGAAGAAGCAAUUUGGGUCACGGCAGCAAACUGCACAACCCAUGUUGACUCUGAAGCCUCAGUCAACUGGUGUGGACUCUGUGGAAGUUUUACCAACACCACUGCCUGAAGAUAAAAUGUUUCCAGAGAUGAGCAAACAGCCAUUGUUUUGUACAAACUCUGUAAACCUGACACCUGGCUAUGGUCUGCAGGACUUGAGAAGUAGGGAAUUUUCACCAGGACCUUGCUUUCAAACAGUUAUGUGUUUGAAGCCAGGGUCACAGUCUCAGAGCGGGAACUCUUCAGAGUUCGCUCCAUGCCACGGGUCUCAAUGUGCUCAGUCGUUCUUUGCCCCAAAACCAUGUCUUCAAGAUCUAAAACCCAUGGAGCUUGGAUCCCAACAGCAAAGUAUGAAUCGCCAACAGAUUGCUUUAGAUGAGACGCCAAUGGUAGUAACACAGGAGUCCACCAGGAAGUCCUUGGCAGGACCAGCACUGACGAGUGUCAAAUUUUCAAAUUUAAUUCCAGAGUUGCAGUCGCAAUGUAUGAAAUUUAAGGCUUUGACUUCAGAGCUGAGGGGGCAAAGUGUAAAACAUGUGAAAUUAUCAUCAGUGUCCCUGCCACGAAGUGGAAACUCUGUGGGCUUAUCACCAAGUCCAUUCCUUCAAAAUGUGACAUUUGGGAACCAAAUUCCCCAAACAAAUGAUCAAAUCACAGAACCCUCUAAGGUGACGUGCAGACCAGUAUACCACCUGGUGGACUAUGCAGAGAUGAACACGAAGAUCAGGUACCAAGCCCCUAAAUUGGAAAAUUAUAUUCCGCUGCCUGUUUAUCAAGAAGAUGCGGGAUCUUCAGAAAUGACGAAAGGGUUUAGACACAAAAGCACAGAAACAACAGAGAAAUCUAUGAGGUUGUUCCCCAAGCCAAUGGAUACAGUCACAGAAUCAUUGCGGAUGCCGCAGCAGCCAGAGCUUCAAGUGCCAGGAUUUGCUGAUCUGACUCCAACACUAAGUGAUCAAGAUUCAAACGCCUCAGAACUGACCCCACAGAAAAACUACCAGAGCCUAGAAACCCUGGAGAUGCUUUCUUGUUCGUGGCCUCAAGUGAAAGAUUUCAAGCAGUCACAGACCCAACCAGCCACAGGAUCUAAGAGAAUGACCCUCGACCUCAAGAAUCAUGCCACAGAAAUGACGGUGCUAACUCGUAAGGUAAGACAGCAAGGGAAAGAAUUUCUUAGAGUGACUUCAACACCAGUAAACAGAGAGACUGAAUGUGUCGAAAAAUCUCCAUGGCCAUAUCCUCAAGACUUAGGACCUGUGAUGGGGAGCUCCGAGAAAAGAUCCCCAAGGGAACAAUCUGUAGCCUCGUCACCAAGGCCAUUCUAUCAUGUUCCGGAUUCUGCUCCAGGAAUAACACCAGGACCUCAGAUUCCCGAAUCUGUAGGUUUGACCUCUAAGCCAUGGCUGCAAGGGGAAGAAUUCUUAAAGUUGGCCACCCAGCCAACCAAUCAAGUUGUGGGAAAUACAGCCUCUGUAGAGCUCACGUUUGAGGAAUGUCAGACAGAAGAGGUAGGAAUUGGUCUAACAAUGCCCCAGAAGGCAAGCAUUGAAAAAGCGAACAUCACUCCAAUAGAAUCACUGGAUCAGAUUAUAAACUUCGUAACUGUGAGUCCAAAGCCACUCGAUCAAAUGACAGAACCUGCAAAGACACAGCUUCAAGUUCCUCAAGUCUCUGAAUCUCUGACAGUGAUUCCUGGACCACCACUUCAAGUUAUAGAGUCAGUGAUGAUACCGGAGCCGACCUCUCAAGGGUCAAAAUAUGUUGAUUUGACUCCCAAACUGCAUGAUAGGAUAGUUGCAGAGUUUGCUCCAAGACUUUGGCUACAAAAUGUGCAAUCUAAGAAAUUAAUCGCAGAGCCAACACAUCAUAUUUUAGAAACGAUAGAAUUAUCAGGCUUUCAAGUGAUAAAGACGAUAUUGCUUCCCAAGCCCCUGCUUCUGGUUGUGAAAUCCGAAGAGUUGGCACCAGGACCCAGUCCUCAGGCUGUGGAACCAAUAGGAGUUGCCACAAGAUCAAGAACUCGAGUAAAGGAUCCUUUGAAUUUACUCCCAAGACCACAUCUUCAAGACAAGAUAAAACCUAUAGAACGAACUCGAAGGGCAAAUAUUCAAGAGACUUUUCCAGAAUUAAUCGUACAGCAAACAUCUCCACUUGAGGAACCUCCAGUAUUAACUCAUAAGCAAAGGCUUCAGGCUGGAAAAUCUGUAGGAAUCAAAAGAGAAUCUCCUAAAGUACUGGAAAUGGAUCUGAAUCAAGGACGGGUGUGUCAGAACAGAGAUUCGGAAAUGAUAACAUCAGAAAAGUUACAAGCAGAGAAUUACUUCUCUAGGUUCAUAAGCAGCCCUCCGAUACCAUUUAUUUCAAGCUCUGUCAAAACAAGCGAAUUAGGGCCCCUUCAGGGUUCUGGAAGGCCGGAAGUGUCAAGAGCCCAGACUAUGAAGAACUCUAAUGCUGGCAUUUUGCAGUCUCCAGAGUCCUAUACAGAAACUAUUAGGAUGCGGUCACCAGCUCUUCCCUUGGUCCUUCCCUCUGAUAAAACAGGGGACUCUGUGGGAUCCCUAUAUCCCGAGAUCUGGGAUAUGGAUGUCAUAACUAAGGAAUCAACCGAAAAGAAGCAAAUGGAAGAAUUUGGGAAUUUACUGCAGAGCUAUGCUCCUUAUCCACUGAGAUUACUACCCUCGGAGUUUCAGGCAGGAUUAGGAGCUCGAAGAAACUCUAUCCGUUCUUUCCUGGGCAGACAACUGAACAUCUGGGAAAGCCAUGUCUGUAGGCAGCGACUACCCAGGAAGUACCUCUCCAAUAUGCUGAUGCUGGGGAAUGUUCUGGGAACCACUAUGGAAAGGAAGCUUUGUUCUCAACCGUUUUUAACAGAAGGAGCCACUAUGGAUAUCUGCCGAUCGAUUCAGAAUUUAUUUGGGGUUCCAGCUGAACUGAUGGAAUUUUCCCAGAGCCUACUAGAGAGGGGCCCAAGGACGAUUUCACAGACGUCAGUGGUCAAAAACUAUAUUCAGAGACAUAUCUUAGGCCAUGGUCACGAGAAAAGAAUGCCCUUAAAGAUGUGGACACGCGGAUCCACAUCCUCCAUAAUACAGCAGUACUCUGGUACUAGAUUGGGACUAAAGAAAACAAACUCAAAACUCAGUGAUAUAUUCCAGGAAGUCACUCAGCACGUGCCUGUCUCAUGUACAGGGGCCCAGUUUCCUGCCUUAGGGAAGCCAGAGUCUCCUCUCAGGAUACUUUACAAUAGGGAAGAUCCUGUUUCCAGGGAGCCGAGUAAAACCUCCCAGAGCGAUUCACAGACAGGAACUUUUGAGUCUCACCGCUCAAAGUCAAGUUAUUUUUCCCAGACCAAGACCGAUCACUCAGAACAGCUCCAUCUACUUAAAGAUCUACAGCUAAAGAUAGCAGCAAAACUCUUACGCAGUCAAAUACCCCACAACGUCCCUCCACCCCCAGGGUCAGGUCUUGUCCUGAAAUACCCCAUCUGCUUGCAGUGCGGCCAAUGUUCAGGAUUUAGGUGCGGUCAUGAGUUACAGUCUGGUUUUGGGUCUUACCUUCUCGUCUACCCACAGAUCCACCUUAUAAGCACCCCUGAAGGCCAUGGUGAGACUCGGUUGCAUCUUGGUUUUAGGCUGAGAAUUAGAAAAAGACCUCACAUCUCUAAGAAUUGUGGGAGAAACAGAGCGGACACAUCGAAGAACCCUUCCUCAUCGCACAGGAAAGCUAAAAUCUAUACUCCAGCUUCCAAGAGUCCAACUUCUACAAGAGAUUUCCAGCCCAGAUCUUCCCAGUCUCCGGCUUCUGUACCAGUUCACAGGAGGCAAAAGCAAUGGGGCAGCUGUGGCGUGGCAGGGAAGACAGAAGCCAAAGACUCUGGGCAUUAUGAAUUCUGUGAGGUUCUCUCCACGUCAGAGAGUGGCUCUGAAAGUAACCGGCAUGAAAAAUGGGCUAAGUCAAGACGCAGAAAGACCUCAGAAUUAAAUUUUCCAAUGAAAAAAAUCACCAAGGAACUUAAAACACAAAACAUAAAUCUCUACAAAAACAGUAGACCCACAGAAGAGUGUCCUUCUGGAACACUGACUGAUCCAUCAAGAAGCAAGAGUAUCAAAACCGCUCAAACCAGCACUGUUUCUUCAAAGAGACAACCAAAGAAAUCCUCCCAGCCCAGGUUCAUCCAGCUGCUUUUUCAGCGCCUAAAGCAGGCAUUCCAAAGAGUUAUGGCUCUCACUGCACAGAAGCCUGAGGACAGGGCUAGUCCAGACAAUUUGUGGUCAAGCAAAAACUUGUACCCCAAAGAAAAAGACGAGGAUGAUUGUUUAACAGGAGAUGGCAGAGGGGCCAGCACACCUGUUAUCAAGCAAAGGUUCAUGGGUUCCACCCCUAAGAAAGAAGACAGGUUGCAGAAAACAUGUGACCAAGCUCAACAAUCAAAACAAGUGAGCUCUCUCCAACGCCACAGUCCUCAGACAAAGCCUACGAGUCCCUCUGACAGAACCCUCAGAAGCCUCUCGGAGAGGAGAUGUCGCAGUCCCUCCCAGAGGAAGGAUCGCAGUCCCUCUAGAAGAACCCCUCAGAGUAUCUCUGACAGGAGCCGGCCCAGGCUCUCUAAGGGGAGAGGUCGCAGUCCCGCAGGGAGGAGCCAACCCAGCCCUUCUGGGAGAAGGUCUCGCAGUUCCUCAGGGAGGAGCCCUCGUGAGAGAAGGGGACAAAAUUCCUCCCCCAAGGGUCAGCUCGGUCUUUAUGGGAGGAACCAACACAGUCCCCCUUUUCAGAGAUGCCGCAGCCCCUCAAAAAGGAGCCAUCUCAGUCCCACCCGGAGAACAUGGGCCAGUUCUUCAGAACGGAGCCAUAGUACUCUCUCUGAGAGACCCCCUUCCAGACGCUCUGGCAGGACAAGGCAUAGCUCUUCUGGAAGAGGCUACCGCAGUCCCUCUAAGUCCAGGCUCCACAGGCCUUCCGGACUCCACCGCAGCCAUUCUCAGAGAACUCACUACAGCCCCUCUGACAGCAGAGGCGGUCAUUCUGAAAGGAACCGACGCUUAGAGCGGAACCCGGAAGGUCACCAUGCGAGACCCCAUCACAGCCCCAAGGGGAAGCUCCGGCACAGUUCCCCUAAGGAGAGACCCAGACAUUCAACUCUCCAAGGGACCACACCCGAAACAUAUGUCUGGUAUAUGGGAUGCUGGGGAUCAAAGUCGGGCGGCAUGCUUGUUAGGCAAGCCCCAGCCCUCUAAAAUUAAAAUGGUCUUAAAAAUUAUUUUAGUUGUUUGUGUGUGUGUAUGACGUGUGUGUGGAUGCCGGCAUGCCUGUGUUUGUGGAGUUGAAUCUCUCCAUCUACUGUGGGUCCUGGGGAUUGAACACUCAUCAGUAGUAGGCUUAUGCAGCAAGACCUUUUAACCACUGAGACAUCUUGCUGGUCCUAUAUUGAUGGUUUUAAAAAAUAUUUAUUUUAUGUGUAUGGGUAUUUUGUCUGCAUAUAUGUCUAUGUUCCAUGUGGUCUGUACACCACAUGCAUGCCUGAUUUUCCCCAAGGCUAGAAGAUGGCAUUGGAUCCCAUGGACUGGAGUUACAGAAGACUGUAAGUUUCUAGGUGGGUCCUGGGAAUUGAAUCCUGGACCUCUGGAAGAGCAAGCAGUGCUCUUAACUGAUGAGCCAUCUCUCUAGCCUCUUAG